AUGUACAACAAUUCUAUCAAUCAAGGUGAUGACUGCUCUGGCACUGUCGCAGCAAUUGGAAGCGCGGUCAAGUCUUUUCAAAUCGGAGAGAAGGUCGCCGGUUUCCACAUGAUGGACACCCCUCAUGGGACGUACGCUGAAUUUACGAUCUGUCCGGAGAGUACGGUAAUAAGAGUCCCGAAAAGCAUGUCCUACGAAGAAGCGGCGACUAUUCCUCUCGCCGCGUUUACAGCAGCGGUCGGCUUGUAUCGGAACUUACAACUUCCCACACCUUGGGAUAGAAGUGACGAUCACGGCCCACGAAACAGAGUACCGCUGAUAAUUAACGGUGCCGGAUCCGCUGUUGGGGGGUUUGCUGUCAAAUUGGCCAAAAUGAACCCACUCAUCGGACCGAUCAUUACAACAGCUGGUUCAUCCGCCGACUUUGUACGCUCGCUCGGUCCGGAUGCAAUUGUCGACUAUCGUUCACCCACCGUCGUUGAAGCUCUUCGGAGCGCUUUAGGACAGGCCCGUCCCAUACAUGUAUUCGACGCGACGAACUCGCUCAAAUCCAUACAAUGUUUGACGUCCGUUAUGGAACCAUAUUCUCAAUACACCUGCACAUCCAAACUUUACGCAGACCCCGCUUUAGGAGUUGAUGAUAGAAUGGAGAAGGCUUUACAAGGUGUGCAGGCGUGGUACGAGGUUACUUUUGUCGGGGACGUACACGGCCAGUCGUUAAUGGGCCAGUCACGCUUUAAGGCUAAAUCAGGUGGUCGCUUGUUUGGAGCUAUUAUGCGUCAUGUAUUCGAGGAAAAGCUGGCUGAUGGAUCGUUGCGCGGACAUCCGUACCAAAGAGUUGAUUGUGGUCUGGAUGGUGUCUUAGACGCUCUGAUGCAGUUAAGGAAUGGCAAGCGUGACAGCAACGCCAAAUUUGUGGUGAGGAUACAGGAUACUCCUGGCAUACGACGAUAG